AUGGAGUCCGGUGAUCUGGUGGAAGGCAUCAUAAUCGAGCACAACCGCGGUGGAGCCGUGGUGCUGGUGGAGGGUGUGCAAGCAUUCGUCCCCCUCUCGCACCUGCUGCCCGCCUCGAGAGACCAGCGCCAGCAGGCAGAGGCAGGCGGCCCGGCGACGGCAGCCCUGCCCCAGCAGUACAAGGUGCUGGAGGUGGACCGUCGGCGCAGGCGCGCGAUCCUCUCCGAGCGGCUCGCAUGGCAGAGCGCUCGAGACGCGCAGAAGGCGCGGCUGUUGCAGGAACUGGUGGAGGGAGAAACCCGCUCGGGCAAGGUCAGCGGCAUCUCCAAGUUCGGCGUCUUCGUCGACUUGGGCGGCGCCGACGGGCUCAUCCACACCUCGGAGCUCUCCUGGCAGCCAGUGACAGACGCGGAACAGAUCGUUAAAGUUGGGGAAGAGAUCAGCGUCCUGGUGCUGAAGGUGGACCAGGAGCGGCAACGCAUCUCGCUGAGCCUUCGCCGGCUCAAUCCUGAACCCUGGGACUGGGUGACCGAGAACUUUCAGCCUGGCCAGAUCGUUAAUGGGACAAUAACACGGUUGACAAGCUUCGGCGCAUUUGCUCAGAUUGAAGAGGGCAUCGAAGGCCUCAUCCACAUUUCGGAGCUCAGCACUAGGCACAUCGAACAUCCCAAAGAGGCAGUGCACGAAGGAGAGGUCCUGGAGCUCAAGGUUCUGAGCGUGGAUCCGGAACGGCACCGCUUGGCACUCAGCAGAAGGCGAGCGCUCGAGGAGUACUAA